UUUUUUAGGGAACACUUUUAACACUUUUUGGAAUUUGUCCACUCAAAUUAUAGAAUGACACUAAACAAGAAAAAAAGUAUAAUAAGUAAACCAUGCUUGUGUCACUAUUUCAAUUAGAUUUAAUUUAUCCAUCAAAAAAAUUCUGCAUCCAAAUGUUUGUUAUUAGCUAGUAGUACCCAAAAUAUUAUAAUUAUAAGGAUGAAAUGGAGAAGUUUUCAUGAGUGAUUAAAUUUAACAAAUACCAACUAAAUUCAAAAUUGAUCCAUAACAAAUACCAAAUAACAAACUUAACCAAAUAAAGAGAAAAUUAAUUUAAAAUAAUAGAUAACACAAGAGGAGAGAAACAAGUGGUUGUUCCAGGCUUGCAAACCAAAACUUCCAAAAAGGAAUCCUUCACCAAAAGUUAUUUGGGGGUUUGCUUCUUUUCUCAUCCUUUCUCUUACCCUUCAUUACAUAUAUACUUUCUCUACAAUAGUGCUGUGUAUAUAAACAAAUAUAUCACAAACUUACAUAUAAACAAAGCCCACCAAACACUCUUUGAUACUUCUCUCCUUAAAUAUAGCUCUCUUGUGUUCUUGAAACAGAGCCAAAUAAAAAAAACGGACGAUCAUGACAAGUGUUCAUGAGGAGAUGCGUCAUGUACUCCUCAUCAAAGGCAAACGCACCAAACGUCAGCGAUCUGCGUCUCCUCAUAUGAACGCAGAAGCAGUGUCUGGCGUUUGCAGCGAGGAACCAUCACUGGAGGCAAGAGAAGAAGGAGCUGGUGAAGUUGAGUUCCAGGGAGCUACGGAGGAAGACCAAGACAUGGCGAACUGUCUGAUGUUAUUGUCACAAGGACACAAAGCAAAUGGCAGUGGAGAUCAUUCGUCCACGCACAAACUUGAUUUCUUGUGCAACAAGAAACCAGUAGCUUCUCUAGGUUUAGGGCUAGAGGGUGUUUACCAGUGCCAAACGUGUGACAAAAGCUUCCACUCGUUUCAAGCGCUAGGAGGGCACAGAGCUAGCCAUAAGAAGCCUAAACUCGGAGCAAUCGUUCUCAAAUGCCACGAGAAGAAAUCUUCAUCAGCUUCUGCGGUUGAAACGGCCAAAGGAAGCUUUCUUUCUCUGCAAGUAACUAGCAGUGAUGGUAACAAGAAACCUGAAAAAACACAUGAAUGUUCGAUCUGCAAGGCCGAGUUUUCUUCAGGACAAGCCUUAGGUGGUCAUAUGAGGAGACAUAGAGGUUUAAUAGUAAACGCAAACGCUACUUCAAGUCAUCAUCAAGAAUCUAUACGGCCAAAGAACUAUCUGGAGUUGGAUCUGAAUCUUCCAGCGCCAGAAGAUGAAUCCAAGUUCGUGUUUGCGUCCAAAGAUCAGAUUAUUCUCUUCACGACCGCGUCCAAUUCUUUAAUUGAUUGUCAUCAUUGAUCAAGUAGUUCUUGUAAUAACUCUUUAACCUUGAUAUGUUAUCUAAAUAUUGAUUCAUGUAAUUUGACAUUGAUUGAAUUUAACUUCAAAUUAUUUUAUUCUUUA